AUGGGGCGAGCAAGGUGGCGAUGGGGAGCCUGGGCGCGGACGAGGAGGACGACGACGAGGUCGUCCUGGGGGACUGAGACGCGACGAGACCCUUUGGGACCGAGACUGUUUUUCGAUCUGCGCCACGCUCGCGUGGUGAGCCGCAAUCUUGAAAAUUCCACGCGACGCAACGCAAAAGUUGUCUAUGUGAAUUCAGUCACCGAACCAUUCCUGUUUCCCCCAAAAAAAGAUCUUUUGCCAGCCACGAAUUUCAUUUUCCGGCCGUUUUCGUGGGAAACGGAAAAACGUGACUAA